CUGGUUUUUGUGUCUGUACAGAUCAUCUCUUUCACUGUGUAGCAUUUUUGCUUUCUCUUCCAACACUUGAUGACGUCAUCAAUUCCUUCCAUGGAACUCCCCUCUUCAUCUUCCAAACUCCCACCGAUGUACGACGUGCUCAUCAACUUCACUGGAGAAGACAUCCGCAGGAAAUUUGUUUCUCAUCUCGAUUCUGCCCUCUCUGCUAAUGGGCUCACCACUUUCCUUCACCACGACAAUGCAAUAAAGCCGGUGCACAUCCAACAACCUAUUCUCAAUCUGUGUCGGGUAGCAAUUGUUGUUUUCACCGAAACCUAUUCCCAAUCUGCUUGGUGUCUUCAUCAGCUUCAACAAAUCAUUCAAUGGCACGAAACUUAUUGCCGACAUGUUCUGCCCGUAUAUUACGAAAUUCAGCCAUCCGAUGUACGUCUUCAGAAGGGUGAUUUUGGAAAAGCCUUCAAAGCAACUGCACACCAAACAUUUUCAGCACAAGAACUGGAGCAUGCCAUGUCUAGGUGGAGUCACGCAAUCACCAAAACUGCAAAUUUCUUUGGAUGGGAUGAUUGCAACUACAGGAGUGAUGCUGAACUAGUGGACACAAUUGUUAAGAGUGUUCUUAAUUUAUCAGUCUUGUCUGCUACUAAAUUUCCAGUUGGAUUACAGUCUCGCGUGGAAGAUGUGAUUGAAAUUAUAAAAAAUAAAUCAACGGAAGUUUGUAGGAUAGGGAUAUGUGGAAUGGGAGGAUCAGGUAAAACCACCCUUGCCAAAGCCAUUUAUAGUCAAAUUCAUGGUACAUUCGUGGAGAAAAGUUUUGUUGAAGAUAUUUCAGAAGUUAGUCGGACGAGAGGGCAUGUUCAUUUACAACGACAACUUCUUUCAGAUGUCCUGAAAACAAAGGUAAAGAUACAUAACGUUGAAAUGGGAAGAUGUAUGAUUCUGGAAAAACUUUAUCGGAGAAGGGUGCUCAUUGUACUUGACGAUGUGAAUGAACAUUGUCCAUUAGACAUAUGGGAAAGUAAGGGAUGGUUCAGUGAAGGAACUGUAAUAAUCAUUACAACAAGAGAUGAAUACCUACUAAGGAAACAUGAAGUUCGUUCUGUUUUUCGGAUAAAUCGAAUGAAUGAAAACCAGUCCCUUGAACUUUUUAGUUGGCACGCAUUUAGGGAAGCAAAACCAAAAGAGGAAUACUAUUCUCUUGCAAAAAGACUUGUUGCUUAUUGUGGAGGACUACCUCUAGCUCUUGAAGUCGUUGGAACUUAUUUAUAUGAAAGGACGAAAGAAGAAUGGAAUAGAGUAUUGUUGAAAUUAGACAAUGUUCCUCGACAUGAAAUUCUACAGAUAUUGAAAAUAAGCUUUGACGGUUUGCCUAAUCAAAUGGAAAGAGAUCUAUUCCUUGAUAUAUGUUGUUUCUUUGUUGGUAAAGGCAAAGUUUAUGCUACCAAGAUCCUAAAUGGCUGUGGAGUAGACGCUGAUAGUGGAAUAAGAGUUCUCAUAGAGCGUAACCUCAUAAAAGUUAAAAAUAACAACAAAUUUGGAAUGCAUCCUCUGCUCCGGGAUAUGGGAAGAGAAAUUAUUCUUGAAAUUUCAAGUAAGGAACCUUGGAAUAAGAAUCGGGUGUGCCUUGAAAACGAUAUGCAUCAUGCACUGUCAGAGAAUAUUCUCUUUUCAUCACAGGAGACAAAGGUCGUUCACAGAUCGCCUACAGGGAGAGAUUCAUAUGAACGUUAUCCUUUAGAGGUAAGUGACCCAUCAAGAUUGGUGAAGAUCAAUGCAGAUUCUAAGUACCGUACUAAGAAAUUAAUAUGGAUCAGUUGGCAAGGGUUUCCAUCAGAAUACCUACCUAACGACUUUUAUCUGCAUGAUGCCAUAGCUAUUGAUUUAAAAUACAAUCUUCUUCGAUUCCUAUGGAAACAACCCCAGGUUUUGGAGUCACUAAAAGUCCUCAAUCUCAGUCAUUCCAUGUACUUGACAAAAACACCUGACUUUUCGAGACUACCAAGACUUGAACAGCUCAUUCUCAAAGAUUGUCCAAGAUUGCACAAAGUUGACCAAUCUGUUGGAUGUCUAUGCAAUCUUACACUUCUAAAUUUGAAGGAUUGUACAAGUCUAAGCAAUCUCCCAAGAGAGAUAUAUAAGCUGAAAUCUUUGAAAGCUCUCAUUCUCUCUGGUUGUUCAAAGUUAAGCCUAAUGGAAAAAGAUAUAGGGCAAAUGGAAUCCUUGAUAAGUUUAAUUGCUGAAAAUGCAGUUGUUAAACAAGUGCCUUUUUCCAUUGUAAGCUCAAAAUGCAUUGGACAUAUAUCCCUACAUCGAUUUGAGGGAUUGUCACAUAAUCCUUUUCCUUCUAUCAUUUGGUGUUGGAUGUCGCCAACAAUGAAUCCCCUAUCUUAUAUUCAUUCGUUUUGCAUGGAUAAAGAGCAUAGUAGUGGUGAUGAUAUUAUGCCACUAUUUAACACCCUUGCAAAUCUUCGAAGUGUUGUGGUACAAUGUGACACCGAGUUUCCACUAUCUACACAAGUAAAAACUACUCUGGUUGAAUAUGUUGUAAAUAUUUCAGAAUCGGGAAUUUCAAAGCAUCACUUCAGGUUAUCUUUGAUUGGUUUUGGAAGACACGGUGAAUUCUUCAAUACUGUGAGCGAUGGCAUAUCUGAGGUAUUGGCAAGUAGUGAGUUAAGUGAAGUUUCUCUCCCUGGCGACAAUGAUCCUUUUUGGUUGGCCCAUAUGGGUGAGGGACAUUAUGUUUCUUUCACUUUGCCUCAGGAUCGUGUCAUGAAGGGAAUGGCUUUGUGUGUUGUUUAUUUAUCAACCUCUGUUCCUGCAGAGAACAAAUAAGAAGUCAGGCACAAGAGUCACCUUACCAUGUAGUCCGCUAUCUCCUCA